UAACACCUACCCUCAGCAUCUGUCUAUUCUAGCUCCAUCAUAAAUACAUGCAAAGAACCCAGUUUGUUGGGUUUUUUUGUUGAGACCACUUAACUUAAUUCAGUUCUUCUUCUUCUCUGUAGGUAACAUCUUCAAGCCAAUAUCUUGACCAGAGAUGGUUAUCCUUCGAAAGGGAGAGCAUGUUUGGCUCGAGAUUUCAUCCGGCCCUGACAACAAAGUGCCCAUUGGAGCCGUGGUCAAAGAAUCUCACAGUGCAGAGACUUUGCUUGUGGAUGAUGAUGGCAAGGAGCACUGGAUCUCAGCACGGAAUCAGACUAGUGUCCGCUCCAUGCACCCCAGCUCAUCCAAGGGAGUUGAAGACAUGAUUCGACUGGGAGAACUUAACGAAGCUGGAAUUGUUCACAAUUUGCAUAUUCGAUACAAGGAGAACAACAUCUAUACAUACACUGGAGCAAUCUUGGUGGCUGUGAAUCCAUAUGAGGAGCUGCCUUUGUAUAACACAGAACAGAUCCAGUUGUACAGAAAUCGUCGAAUUGGAGAGCUUCCUCCCCAUUUAUUUGCCUUGGCAGACAGCUGUUACUUCAACAUGCAGAGAAAUAAGGUUGAUCAAUGCUGCGUCAUCAGUGGUGAGUCUGGAGCUGGGAAGACGGAGAGUACCAAGCUGAUGCUGCAGUUUCUGGCUUCGGCAAGUGGUCAGCAUUCAUGGAUAGAACAACAAAUUCUGGAAGCAAAUCCCAUCAUGGAAGCUUUUGGAAAUGCCAAGACCAUCCGCAAUGACAACUCAAGUCGAUUUGGCAAAUACAUAGAAAUCCAUUUCUCCAAAGAGAAUGUUAUAGAGGGAGCCCGCAUCGAGCAGUUCCUACUGGAGAAAUCACGUGUAUGCCGACAGGCUACAGGAGAAAGAAAUUACCACAUAUUCUAUUGCAUGCUGUUGGGAAUGAGUUCAGAACAGAAAAAGGAGUUAAAGCUGGGCAGCCCUUCAGAAUACAGAUACCUGACAAUGGGUAACUGCACAAACUGCGAGGGUCGCGAUGAUGCCAAAGACUAUUCUCAGGUCCGUUCUGCCAUGAAAAUCCUUCUUUUCACUGACACAGAACAAAAAGAGAUUGUUAAGAUGCUUGCAGCUAUACUCCACCUGGGCAAUUUGAUUUUCCAAGGAGCAAUGUUUGGAAAUCUUGAUUGUUCGGAUGUCUGCGAGUCCAUUCACCUAUCCACUGUGGCUGAUCUUCUUGAGGUGGACUCCAGUGAGUUAAAGAAUUGCCUCACGAAUCACACCAUAAUUGUCCGAGGGGAGAGCGUGAAGAAGCCGCUGAGUUGCAUACAGGCCUCUGAUGGCAGGGAUGCAUUUAUGAAGGGUAUAUACGGAAGGUUGUUCAUGUGGAUAGUUAAUAAAAUUAAUGGUGCUAUAUUCACACCUGAGUCAAAAGAUCUUGGAAACGAGCGCAGAUCUGUGGGAUUACUUGACAUCUUUGGGUUUGAGCAUUUCAAUACAAACAGCUUUGAGCAGCUAUGCAUUAAUUUUGCUAAUGAACACCUGCAGCAGUUUUUUAUACGUCAUGUGUUCAAGCUGGAACAGGAGGAAUAUAACACCGAGAUGAUCCCGUGGCAUCACAUUGACUUCACAGACAACCAACGCACAUUGGACAUCAUUGCACUCCGACCCAUGAACGUCAUCUCAUUGAUUGAUGAGGAGAGCAAGUUUCCCCAGGGAACUGAUGCAACUAUGCUGAUCAAGCUCAAUUCCAUUCAUAGUAAAACCAACAUUUACAUCCCGUCCAAAAGUGAUCAUGACACCAAGUUUGGAAUCAGCCAUUUUGCUGGGGUUGUCUAUUAUGAGACAGAAGGGUUCCUGGACAAGAAUCGGGAUUUGUUGAGCAAAGAUCUUUUACUCAUGGUCCAUUCCUCCCGCAGUAAAUUCUUAAAGGAGGUAUUUCAGGUGGAAAAACAUGCAGCCUCUUCUAAUCGUGGUACUAUUCGACACGCCGGUCUUAAUCAGCACAAGCAAAUCACGGAUACUAGCAAGUCUUUGCCUACUUUGGGUGGUCAGUUCAAGCAGUCACUUGAGCAGCUGAUGAAAAUAUUGGGCGGUUGUCAACCUUUUUUUGUCCGUUGCAUCAAACCCAAUGAGUUUAAAAAGCCAAAAAUGUUUGACCGUGAGCUGUGUAUUCGUCAAUUGAGAUAUUCUGGAAUGAUGGAGACCAUACGAAUACGGAAAGCAGGAUAUCCGAUUCGAUACAGCUUCUCAGAAUUCUUCCACAGGUUCCGUGUGUUGCUGCCACUAAUGUCUCCCAAUCGAAAAACGUGGGAUCACCUGGCUUGCUCUGUUGAUGUUAUCAAAGAUGUGAUUGGAAAAGAUGAAGACUGGAAAGUUGGAAAAACAAAACUUUUCUUGAAGGACCAUCAUGAUACCAAACUAGAGGUGGAACGCGAAAAGGCAAUUACGUCCAAGGCUAUCCUCAUCCAGAAGAUUUUGAGGGGAUAUAAAGACAGAAAACAUUUUCUUCAACAGAAGAAGGCUGCAGUGAAGAUUCAAGCAACUUGGAGGGGCUACCGCUGUAGGAAAACAUAUCAUAAGAUGCAACAUGGUUUCCAAAGGCUUCAGGCAGUGGUGAGAAGCCGACAACUCCGUCAGCAAUACCAAAAGAUGCAAGCCAUUGUUACUAAACUGCAAGCUCGCUGUCGGGGUUAUCUCCUGAGAAAGAAAGUCACGCAACAAAAUAACGCUGUGCUGGUUCUCCAGACGCAUACUCGCGGGAUGCUGGCCCGUAAUCUAUACCAGAGAAUGAAGAGAAAUGAGUUCUUAAGUCAGAAGGAAUGGGAGGAGGCUGAAAAGCGUAAGAUGAUGAAGAAAGAUAUUAUAAGGCAACAGGAGAAAGAGAGUUUAGAGAUGGUGGAAAAAGUGUUUGGGUUCUUACCUGCUCUCGCUGACCUGGAGUCUCCAUCAAUACUAAAUGAAGUUGAUCUAGAUGCUUUGCCUCUAGAGCCUCAGAGAGAUAUUGAUGACCUGGCAGAAUUCACCUUUCCAAAGUUUGCUUCCACCUAUUUCCAAGGCUCAGCGACUCACACGCACAUCAGGAAGGCUCUACAUCAGCCUCUGUUAUACCAUGAAGACCAAAGUGAUGUUCUGGCAUCACUGGCCAUUUGGAAAGUCCUACUUCGUUUUAUGGGAGAGCUUCCUGAACCGGCAUUUUACGUCCCAAGUACCAGAAAUAGCUCUGUGUUAACUCAGAUCUAUGACACCUUGACAAGAAAAAACAAUGUCCGUACAGGAAUGAAAGACUACACGGAAGGGUCACAACGAGGGAAUAGGAAAGGCAAAGCUUCCAAAGAAAUCUCUUCCAUGAAACUCAAACGCUCCUCGAAAUUAGCUGGACAGGUUGCCAGCCAACUGAAUAGCGGACAGGAUAUUUUGGAAGACGAAAGCUCUCUAAUCGACAAACCCAUGUCCAUCAUGGAGAAGAUACAUUUCAUUGCUGGGAAUGGAAUUCUGCGACCAGAAAUCAGGGAUGAGAUCUACUGUCAGAUCUGCAAGCAGCUAUCUGGAAACAAUAACAGGAACAGCUAUGCCCAUGGCUGGUUUCUGAUGUCACUUUGCUUGGGGUGUUUCCCUCCGUCUGACAGAUUUGUUAAGUACUUGCAGAACUUUAUCCAAAGUUCACAGGUGGCUCAUAAUGCCGUCUGUAUGAAGCAGCUAACACGAACCUUGGCUAAUGGAGUACGGUCUGAGCCACCUAGCUGUCUGGAGUUGCAGGCUCUGAAAGGGAAGGCUUCUUGGUCUGUGCCGGUUACCAUAAUGACAGGUCAGAGUGUGAACGUCCAGGUGGACUCUGCCACCUCUGCCCAGGAGGUCUGUAGGAGCAUCGCCCAAAAACUGCAACUGAAGGACACUUUUGGAUUUUCACUUUACAUCUCCAUUUUUGACAAGGUGUGGUCACUGGGCUUUGGGUCAGAACAUAUCAUGGAUGGCAUCUCACAGUGUGAACAAUUAGCGAAAGAGCAGGGGGAGAAGGAAAUGUGUGCCCCCUGGCGACUAUUCUUCCGUAAAGAGAUCUUCACCCCUUGGCAUGACUCUUCAAAAGACCCUGUUAGCACAGAUCUCAUCUACAACCAAGUUAUACGAGGCCUUCGCUUUGGGGAGUAUCGUUGUGGGAAGGAAGAUGAUCUGGUGGAGGUAAUGGCAAAACACCAUUAUAUUAAAUUUGGAGAGGUGCUGAAAGAAGAACAUAUACACGAUGUUGUACAAGACUGCAUUCCUGCUAAGCAGCUGGAGCACAAACCGUUCACACAUUGGGCAAACCUGCUGAAGGACAAGCAAUCCAAGGCCAAAUUUGUUGUGGACCAUCUCUCAGAUCUUCAGGUCAAGGAAGCUCUUGUUGAAUACUCAAAGCUGCAAUGGCCUUUAUUAUUUUCCAAGUUCUACGAAGCCUCUAAAUUCUCAGGGCCCAGCAUUAACAGGAACCAUUUCAUCAUUGCAGUAAACUAUAAUGGAGUGAGCUUCCUCGAUGAAUCUGAGAAAAAACUCUUAGAUCUGUCAUUUCCAGAAUUAAUUCGCAUCAGUACAAAAAGGGCUGAGAAGCCAUUUGGCCAGUGCUGUGUUUUAAAUACGCUAAGAGGAGAAGAGUUUGUUCUGACUUCCCAAAACAGCGAAGAAAUUGCCAGAUUGCUCCUCCACUUUUUAGAUGGUUUGAAGGCAAGAUCUGAAUAUGCCGUGGCUCUGCAGAACAGCUCCAGGAUCGCAGCGGAAUCUCUGGUUCCCAAAAGCAAGACUCAGACAGAUGAACCUGAAAUUCUUUGCUUCCGGACUGGAGAUCUUCUGCACCUCAAAAAAAGUCCUGAGUUGCAAUUAGGGCCCAACUGGACAUAUGCCCAGAAUGAGAGAACAGGGAAUAACGGGGCUGUGUCCCUGGAUGCCAUCCAUAUCGUACCAACCCUGAGCAAACCCACCACUGAAAUUCUGAGGUUGAUUGCGAUGUCUCCAGAGCAGCGCAAGUCAGAAUUAAUGAACUCUCAGCUUGAUGAGUUUGACAAGCAAGAAGAAGUUAAACCAUACACUUUGGAGGAAUUUGCCAUUCUGCACUUCCGGCCCCCAGAUCCAGAGUCAUUGUCCAGGGCUGUUUUGCAGAGAUCUCGCGGGAAGUCACAAUUAUGGGCUUACUCCAGAGAGCCAUUAAGACAACCACUGCUCCAAAAGGUGUGUGAGGUGUCAGAAUUACGGGAUUUCGCAUGCCAGGCUUUCACUGCUAUCAUGAAAUAUAUGGGAGACUACCCAUCAAAGCAGUCUCAUUCUCCAGUGGAGUUCACAGAUCAGAUAUUCAUAGGCCCUGUCCGUGAAGAGGCUCUCAGGGAUGAAAUUUACUGCCAGAUCUUGAAACAGAUGACUGGAAACAAUAACAGCUACAGCUUGAAAAAUGGCUGGCAGCUUCUCUGGUUAUGUACCGGCCUUUUCCCUCCCAGUAAGCUGCUACUGGUCCAUAUGCAGAAAUUCCUAGAGAAUCGUCGAAAAGAACAAUUAGCCAAGGAGUGUUUGAGGAGAAUCCAGAAAGUGCUACAAAGUGGUGCCCGGAAGCAACCUCCUCAUAUUGUGGAGGUCGAAGCCAUACAACAGAUGAGUACCAAGAUCUUCCACAAGGUUUAUUUUCCAAAUGACACAGAAGAGGUGUUUGAAGUUGGAACAAACACAAAAGUUCGGGAAGUUUGUCAGAACAUCUCUGACAGAUUACAGCUUGUGUCCUGGGAGGGGUUUAGCAUCUUUUUGAAGAUAGGAGACAAGGUCAUCAGCCUUAAUGAGCAAGAUUAUUUCUACGAUUCCUUAAGACAAUUGAACGACUAUAAUAAGAAGAGUCGUCCAGCAGCAGGUGCACCUUCAUUUGCCAGUUUUCAGCUCUACUUCAUGAGGAAGCUGUGGGUUAAUAUCCAACCAGGGAAAGAUAUUAAAGCCGACUGUAUCUUUCAUUAUCACCAGGAGCUUCCCAAGUAUUUGCGUGGGUAUCACCGCUGCUCUGGGGAGGAUGCUGGAAUUGUAGCUGCAUUGAUAUACAAAGUGCAAUACAACAAUGAUCGAUCCCACCUGGCCACCAUCAACAAAAAUCUUCGGGAGCUAAUACCAGAGUACUUACUGCGCAACAAUACUCCAGAAGAUUGGAAGAAGAAUAUAAUCACAAAUUAUAGCAAACAUGAAAGUAAAACUGUGGAUGAAGCUAAAGUGGCAUUUCUGAAGAUUAUCAGCCGCUGGCCAACUUUCGGCUCUGCUUUUUUUGAGGUCAAGCAAUCCUCAGAUGCACAGUUCCCAGAUAUUGUACUGAUUGCAAUCAACAAACACGGAGUUUCACUGUAUCAUCCCAAGACUAAGGAUCUGCUAGUCAAUCAUCCUUUCAACAAGAUCUCUCGUUGGAAUAGUGGGAAUACAUACUUCCAGAUGACAACUGGGAAUCUUGUGCGUGAUAAUAAGAUCCUGUGUGAAACCUCACUGGGCUAUAAAAUGGAUGACUUAAUGACAUCAUACGUCCACUAUUUGAUGUUAAAACACCAACAAAUGAGCUCAAGCUAGCAAUGAGUGUGACAGCUACUACCGUGAAGAUUAUUAACUCUCUAUUGAUCAUCGUUAACUUAAAUGGCCUUUCCUGCCAGUCUGUGCCUCCCUCUGUAGAAAGCACAGCCCGUUCCAGGCUCCUUCUCUACAGCUGCAGACAGCACCUCAGCAGUGGACAGUACCAGCGAUCCUGCAGAGCAUUUCUUCUGUACUAGUUCUCUGCUCCAACCUGCAGAGCAUUUCUGCUCAGGACCACCAUAACACACUGGCCUGCUCAUACAGUGCAUCACUUCUCCUUCUCUGUCAGAAACUUCAUAUUACUCACUUAAGAACAUAAUUUCAGUACAUAAGGUUAAUUACCAGCAGUGUCUUUGUAUUCUCUUUCCCUAUUACCUGGACAUGCACAAUUCCAAGAAAAACAGAACAUUAUCCUAUUUAUGCCAGGCUCUAAAAAUGCUUAUUAGUUCACAACACAAAUCUGCAGAUUAUCACUCAUUUCAUUCUUUCAUGACUGAGGUUCUUGAAAUCAUCCAUAUUGUAUCCACACACAAAAUGCAACCCAAAUGCUGUAGCGUAUUACACAGCCUCAGUACAGGCAAACGCUGAGGAGUAUCUCUCUCAUCUGGCAAUUAGGGCAAGUCCUUUAUAUACAAUUCCCAGGGACAAUGUAAACUUUGAAUCUACCUCUGUGCCUGACUGAAACAUCACCCCAUGUUUUCCACUUCCGCAACAAAUUGCGGAUCUUACUAAAACAACCAACUAGGUGCCUUUAUUAUACUGAAAAUCUAAAAGCCAAGAAGUGUAAUUUUGUAAGAUGCUCCGUCAUCUGCCAUAGAAAGCAAACGCUCGACUUGUGUGUUGAAUAUAUAUAUAUAUAUAUAUAUAUAUAUAUAUAUCUUUAGACUAUGUUGUGCAUUGAGAAUGAAGGCACUGUGGAGUAAUACUGAUUAUGGAGUAAAUGAAUGACAUCACUGCUAUACUGUACAGCGUUUAUCUGAGAGGCAUCCAUUGUACGUCUCAUUCAUUUUAUUUAAAUAAAAUAGAUUGAAAGUUAUAAUAC